CUCAUUCGUCAAAUUCAAAUUUCCAAAGAAACAAACUGAAACUCCUCCUAUUUCUCUUUCUGGUAUCUUACCUCACAACUUUUCUCUCUCGCGCUAAAACUCAGAAAAAUGGUCGUGGCGCAAAAAGUGAAGGAAGCAGAAAUCACUGAACAAGAGUCGCUUCUUCUGACCAGGAAUUUACUUCGAAUUGCGAUAUUCAAUAUCAGUUACAUUAGAGGCCUAUUUCCAGAGAAAUAUUUCAAUGAUAAGAAUGUUCCUGCUUUAGAAAUGAAGAUAAAGAAGUUGAUGCCUCUGGAUGCUGAGUCUCGCAGACUCAUAGACUGGAUGGAGAAAGGUGUAUAUGAUGCAUUGCAGAAGAAGUACUUAAGAACACUGUUAUUCUGCAUUUGUGAGGCUAUUGAUGGGCCAAUAAUUGAGGAAUAUGCAUUUUCUUUUAGCUAUCCGAAUGCUCAAAGCCAAGAAGUAUGCAUGAAUUUCAAUCGUUCUGGAAACAAAAAGCAGGGAGGAACUUUCAAAUGCAAUGCUACUGAUGAAGUUACUCCAAAUCAAAUGAAGAGUUCAGCUUGCAAAAUGAUUCGUACUCUAGUUCAACUCAUGAGAACACUUGAUAAGAUGCCAGAAGAGCGUACUAUAUUGAUGAAGCUCCUCUACAAUGAUGACGUGACGCCAGCAGAUUAUGAACCACCAUUCUUCAGAGGCUGCACAGAUGAGGAUGCUCGUAACAUAUGGAAGAGAAAUCCUUUGAAAAUGGAGGUUGGAAAUGUGAAUAGCAAGCAUGUUGUGUUGGCUCUUAAGGUAAAGAGUGUGCUUGAUCCUUGUGAAGAUGACAAUGAAGUAAACAAUGAUGAUAGCGUGAGUUUAGGAGCUGAUUCUGUUGAAAAUGAUGACGCUUCAGAUUCUGGCAGUGAGGCCAGCUCCUCACAGGAGGAUCAAUAUAUAGUCCAACCGAUAGACCAGCAGCAACCUUGUCAACAGGAUAUUGCAGGCUCUGCAGGAAGUGAGGAUACACAGGAUCCAUUAGAAGAUGAACUUCAACUCAACCGCAUAAAGGAUUGGAUCAUAUCUAGUAUUUCUGAAACUGUGGGAUUCCUUGACGUUCUUGCUAAUUUCCCAGACAUCUCAAGGGUGCUAAUAGAAGAAAUCAUGGACAAGCUUGUUCUUCAAGGUGUCAUAGCUAAAUCUGGAAAAGAUGCAUAUACUGUUUGCAAACAACAAAAGGACUUCGAGUAUGAAUUUGAUGUCAAAACAGAAAUAGAUGACCAAGUUCCUCGAAACGGAGAGAAAGUCUCCCCUGGUUCUGAAGAAAAUUACUUGUAUAUGAAGGCUUUAUACCAUGCUCUUCCUAUGGAUUAUGUCUCGGUCAGCAAACUUCAGAGCAAACUUGAUGGUGAUGUCAACCAACCCACUGUGAGAAAACUCAUUGACAAAAUGACCCAAGAUGGAUUCGUUGAAGCUACCAGCAAACGCGGUCUAGGCAAGCGUGUGAUCCAUUCUGAUGCAGCUGAGCAAAAGCUACAUGAAGUCAGAAAAGCAUUGGAUUUUGAAGCUAUGGAUGUAGAUGUUGAUGGAACACAAAGCAAGUUGAACUCCGCUAAAGCUGAAAAAACUGGAAACAAAAAGGCUGAUGUCUCAACAUUUGGCGUUCUUCAUUCCAUUGGAUCUGAUGUCACUCGCAUGCGCAUAAGAUCUGAGACUGAUAAUCAUCAAAAUGGUUCCUUGAGGACUGAUCAAUCUGUUUCAAAGACAAAGGAGGGAUAUAAUAUUCCAAAUACUCCCACAAGCAAGAAUGCGCAGCCGGCAGCUUCACUGGAGAGUACCAUACCUGGGACUGAUAAAACUAAACUGAAUAGGAACAGCAAUGAUGUUGAAGAUGUAAUUAGCAGUCGACAAUCUCAAGACAAGCGGUCUAGGAAGGCAAGCACGGUGAAAGAGCCUAUCAUUAAGUACUAUAAGCGCCAGAAAUCUCAAGCUGCUUACUGAUGUUGUGUUUUGCUAACACCAGAGGUGAAAGUCACAAUCCUUUUAACACUUGAAAAGGUAAAGAUUAUUUAGCUGUUACGGAAUCCUAGAUAUUUUUCUGAUCCACAGGGGAGAGGUAAACGUUUUUGCUGAAUCACUCGUACAGUUGCUGUAACAGUCUAAUAGAGAGUUCGCUUGCUGUAUUUAUGGUGGAUGACCAUUUGCUAACUCUUGUGAACUAUAACACAAAUUUGCACCUGUAUAAUGGCUCUAGUUCACCCUAAUACUUAUAACACUUUUGUCCCCCUGAACAUUAAAGAAAGAGUUGCUUUUUUACA